AUGGCCAUGCCGAAGCGCCGCCAGCCCGCCCCAUCGGGGCGGAGAGUGAGACGAAGGGAGAGUCGACGGGCGGCUGCAGCUUUCAGGUGUGCCGCGGAGUCGCGGAGGGGUUGCCCUCUGGCUCCUGGGUCUCCUCCUGGGCGCUCUGCUGCCUCGCCCGCCUCAGAUCCUCCGUGGAUUUCUCCCGCGUCUCCCUACGUCGUCCUCUCUCCUGCUGCUCCCUGCUCGGCUUCCGCAGACGUUUCGAUUUUUGUCUUUGCUGCGCGCCUCGGGGCUCCGGUCUCUUCUUCCCGACUCCGUUUGUUCUCCCCGAGCGCGGCACGGCUCGCGCCUUCCGUCUGUUGGGCGCCUGACGCAUCUCUUUCGUCUACCUCUUCGCAGCGUGUCUUGGAUGAUUCGAUCGCCGCGUCGCCUGGGGUGUGCGUCUCUUCGUCUCCGCCUGUCUCGGUAACUCGCGGCCCUCCGCCGCCCCGUCGCGGCAUGUCUCGUUUGUCUCUUUCCGCGACUCCCAUCGUGUCGCCUGGCACGUCGCCUCUUCCUUCGCCUGCGCCGAUCUGCGCUUGCCGCCGUCGCUGGCCGUCUCCUCGUUCUCUGCAGCCGCAAUCGGUCUCUCAGUCUCGAGCGGCGUCGCCUUCUCUGCGAUGCCCUUUUUCGCCCGUUGCUCCGCCUUCGUCGCCCGGCCGCUCAGCCGCGAUCUCCCCUCACGAAUUGUUUUCUUCUGCCGCAGAGUCACCUGCCUCCGCUGCCCCACUACCUCUGGGGACUUUGGCGAAGCCAAGCCGCAGGCAGACUCGCCAGCUGCUGAGGAGGCAGGAGGCGCCCUGGGCGCCUGCCUUGAAGCGCGGCCGCGCAGGUGCGCGACCGGCGCGUGUUCUGUCGUAUCGCAGAUCUGCGUUUGCCUUCUCGUUUCGAGUCCCGUGGUUCGGAAUCCUGCUGUUUGUAACUCUUCUCUCCACGCUCGUUUUCUCGCCUCUCUCCCUCGGCGUGCUCUGCGAAGCGAGGCUGCUGACUGGAACCAGUUCGCCGAUUCACAAGUGGCGUCCCUCCUUCGGCGCGCCCAGCUCGCUCCGCAGAUGCGUGGAAGCGCCCUGCCUCGAAGACCCCCCAAAAGCGUCUCUUGCGCCGGGGCCGUUCUCAGCGACGCUGGCCUCUCUGGCCCUUUCGGCGGUUUCGCCCGACGCGCCUGCGGCCGCGGGCGAAAGGGGCGGAGGCGAGCCAGAAGAUCGUGCAGGGGGGGGUCGCGACGGCCUCCUCGCUCGCCGUGGAGAUGCCGCGCAGGGCCUGGGCGCUCUCUGCCGACUCAGUUCCUGGGUCCGGCAACCCGCAAACGACGGCGAGAAGAGGGGGUGGCAAGUCGGCUUCUCGCUGCUUCCCGCGCCGCUCGGCGCCCGGCGGUGGUGGCUGUCGGCUGGCGAGGAGGCAGAGCCUGAGGAAGACUUGGGCCGCGCGCGCGCGUUCCCGGCGUCGCGCCUGCGGGGAGAGACGCGCGGAGGCGAAGGUGCGCGCGGCGGCCAAAACGCCCACGCGGCUGAGCCGAGACUUGCCGCAGGCCACGAGGCAGGUGCUCGUGCUCUGCUAGACGCGGCGACAGUAGGCAGACGCGAACCUCGAGACGAGGAAGCACGGAACGGAGCGUGCGCCGGCGGCUCGCCGGCGUGGGCUCCCUCGAGGUCUUGCAGUCCCACCGCAAAGUCGCCUGGGAACGAAUUUGGGGGACGAGGCGGCCCGCGCAGCGGCUCUAGCGUCGCGCCUCCUACGCCCCCAGAAGACCGACACAGCGGCUCUCCGCGGCUGUCUUUGCCUCUUCUGUUGACUCGGCCGUCUUCCCCUCAUCGCGUGUCUCCCGCGCCUGCCGGCUUGGAGCCGUACGCGUCUCUUCCGCGUGUGUCUUCGCCAGCUUUUUUUCCUGCGCCGGGGCUCGGGGAGAAGCCUCGCCCGGGGGGCCGCGCGCGAGGCGCCGCGUCGGACUUUCCGGCGGCGGGCGGAAUGGCCGCCGGAGACGUGCAGGGGGCGCUGGCGAGGGACGAAGAACUUCGAAGAAGGCGCGCGCCACAGGCCAGAGAGGCCAGGCUGUUACAUCUGCGGCGAACCUCGACUGCCGCGCGCGUCACCGCCGAAGCCGCGCGCCGAGCCAAGGGCCUGCCGUCCGCGGAAACUCCUCGGAGUGUGCGACUUCGCGCUGCCUUUCAGCGGCUGUACCGCAGCGACGCCUCCUCGUUUCUUGCCUUUUUGGUCAGCCAGCUGGAGCCGCCGUCUGGGCAGCGUGAGCCGACGCGCGCCCUGGCUCAGGGUCCCAGAGAAACAGGCGCCCUGCGGGUUCAACAGCCCGAGGAGGCGAACGGGGCUGUUGACGGCCGAGCCGCAGUUGCUGCGCUGGCGUGCCUGGCGAUGUACACGCAACUUGACCAGUGCGAAGUCAGACUCGUUCCCUUCCUCCCCUCCUCACCGCUCUCGCCGUCGCCCACGUCACCCUCUCCCUCCGCUCCUGCAACCUCUCGUCGGGAGUCGCUUGGGCGGUCGGCGCAAACGGCAGCAAAGGCGGGUCUUCCGGGGCCUGCGCGAGACGACAGCGGAGACGCAUCAGGUGACGGCGGAAAACAUUCAAGGCAGCCAGGGGAGAGCGAGGAGGACAAACGGCCGAACUCUGACGCCUGCGGAGGCGACACACGCCUCGAAGAGAGUCAGGCAGCGAACCGCGAGGGCCCUGAAGGAGCGACGAGAGAGGAGAGAGAGAGCGGGGCUGGCGGAAGGGAGAUCCCUGCGUGUGCGUUGAACAGCUUCCAGCAGGACCAUUCACGCGAGACAUUUUUCUUUCAGCUCACUGGCAACGGCCCGCCGUGCACACGCGGCACGAAGGAGCGUCUGCCGCUGCGGCUCAUCGAGCGGCUCAUCGAUAUUUCGGGAGCCAACGUGACGAGCCUUCAGACGUCCGACCUGACUUCACUUCUCUCCUCUCUGCUGUCGCUCUCUCUCUCCCUGGCCAUCCCUGUCUCGUCUUCUCCUUUCUCGCCGUUUUCCUACUCCUUCGCCUCGGCGGCCUCUGCGCCGUCUUCGCCCUGCCCGCCGCCACGGCUCAGUCGCUUCGGCACGCGUCUCCAGCGAGUGCUGCUGCGCGUAGUCUCUCGUCUCGCCUCUUCCGCGGCCUCGGGCUUGGAUACCGCGGCGCUAAUUCGAAGCACGCUGCUGCUGCUCGCCCCGCGGGCGCAGCGCCUGCUUCCGUCGGCGGCCCGGGCUGGGAUCCAUAGAUACGGUCGUCACCGGUGGGGCGCGGGUGAGCUGCCAGCCAGGGAGGGCAGCUUCGGCAGGUGGUGGGGCGGUCGGGAGCGCCGACUCGGAGCUUUGUUUGAAGGCACAGGGCCCUCACGCUUCCACGCGAGGGGGCGAGGAAGCUCGAGGGUCCCCGGGCGGCACGAACGCAGUCGCGAAACAAUUUUUUAUCCGGGCUUGUCUGACAGCGGAGAUUCUCUCGUCGACGACUGGAAUGCCGAAAGAGAUCUGUACGCAGGGAUGUCGCCUGCGCUCUCACGGCCAGGCACCAGCGGUCAGGAGCUCGGCGCCGAUCCAAGAGAAACCGGAUCGUUGACACGGACGCCGCCUGACGAAGGCGUCGCCCCCUUUCUCCAUCUCCUUGAGCACACGUUUCCGCCGUCAUCGUCGCGCGACGUUCUGCAGGCCAGCGCUGCAUUCCUCGCGGUGGCGUACCAGGCUGCUGCGCGACGCCUGGAAGGCGCGUGCUACUCUGCAUUUGGGGUCGCGACGGGACGCGCGGCAGACACCGAUGCCGAGGCGGCGGCGCGUCUGCAGCUCGCUGCCCCGAGCCGGCGCUCAGCUCGAGAGACCGUCUCGUCCUCAGUGACAGCGCCGAAUGGUGCGCCGAGUCCAAACUUUGCGGUCGCUCAAGGCAGAGAGGCCGCGAGCCAGGAGACAGAGGCCAGCGUGAGAGGCGGCACCGGCGACAUGCGGAGCAGCGGAGAGACGAAGCCCGCGAACGGAGACGACGCGGCGGGGGUCAGGGAGGCCGGCGAGGACGAGCCCGCCGCGGGACGCAGCGGGGGCGAAGAUCGCGCCGCUCAGCGCUCACCGGACGCGAAGCGCGAAGGCCUCGCAGGCGAUAGAGCGGAGGACGACCGCCGUUUUGUGCAGAUCCGGACGAACGUGCGCACGCUUUCAGACGACGGCCUGGUUGACGCAGCUCGGCGCUUGCUGGCCGCGGGGAAGACAUGGUUUCCGCUUCUUCACGUGCUGGGCGAGUGCGAGGAUUUCUCUUCGUCUGCGGCCUCGUCUCCGUCUGGCUCUGUGGGCUCGCUGGUGGCGCCCUCCUCGCUGACGCGCCUCGUCGACGCGGCGCUCCUUCACCAGCGCCUGCUGCUCGCACUCCUAGCCGAGCGCCGACGUCGCGAAGCUCCGCAGCCCCAAGUGCCGGGGAGAGCGGACGCGGAAGGCAGCGGAUCGGCGCGCCAAGGCCUCCAAGGCGGAGGCUUCAACGACCUGCAAGGAACGACCCUCGAGGGCGAGGCGGCCAGAGGCAAGCAGCGAAAAGCGUCCCCGUUGUCUGGGUGGGCAGCGGAGGAGAGACAGCGGGCAACUGUGUCCGCCUGGCGGCUAUACGAGUCGCUUGCGACGGAGAGCCUCCUCUUCCUCUUGCUGCUGAUUGCGCGGCUGCCGCGCGCGAGCGCUCAGGCACUGGAGAACUUCGGCGCUCUGCGCAGGGCCAUCGACGCGCUUUACCGCGAGACGCACAAGGCGCAGACGUGCAGCGGAGAAAACGCCACGUACGCGGGCAGGGUGGAGGAAGGGAACGCCCAAGAUGGAGCAGACUCCCGGCGCCUUCAGGAGGGCGACGUAGCCCCGGUGAAAGUCGGACUCCAAGGAGGGGACGCUGAGAAGUCCGGGCGAGCUCGAAGCUUGCCGCAGGUGGCGGGAAGUGGAGGACGCAGGCGCGACGACUUGGACAAGCGAGAGGAAGGACACAGACGCCUGCUGCUUUCGGCUCUCGAUGCGGCGUCGGCGGUGGCUGGCUGGGAUGAAGCUCAGAGCGGUGACGCAGAGGCUGGCGGCGGCGGGAAGCUGCUCACUCCGGGGACGCGCGAUGCCGCCUUGAAGGCGCAGGCAGGGGCCUUUCUGGCUGGUGCGGCAGCCCCAGACGACGCGACAAAGAAGGCGGAGCUCUUCUGCUUCAUGUCGUCUCUGCACCAGCCGGGGAAACCCAAUCCUGCUUUGAGGUGCUUAGAGGAAGAACUCAUCGAAACUGCAUUUCCAGUCCUCCCUUCGCCUGCGUCUCUGCCGCCCGCCGCGGCCGGUCCUCCUGGGGUGCUUUCCCCACUGUCGCCGCUGUCUCACCGUCAAGCGGGACGGUCGCCGGAGUCGCCUCUUGGAGACAGACAGACGGCACCGCCACCCGCGGCGUCGCUCUCCUUUUCGCUGCUCCAACGCCUCCUUGUCAGCGCAGACAGGGCUGACAGUCCGCGGCUGCUGCUACGCGUGCUUCGCGAGAUGGCUGAACGUCUCAGAGAGAGCGCCGCCAGUGAAGACCUGGGCGAUGAGACGGGUGCGGCGCGUGCAGCGCCUGGCGGUGGGGGCGGAGACACCGGCUCCCAAGCAGAGAGCAGCAGCCGCUGGCAGAAGGUGAGAGAUGAAGACGUCGAAGGCAGCAGGCGCGGCAAAGGGCGCCCGUGGCAGGCUGGCGAGAAGCCCGGGGACAGCGAACGCGGGAGUCACCAGGGCCAACUCAUCGGCAAGGCGCUCACCUUCCUCUUCAGGUGGAUGGGCUUCUCCCAGAAGGGGCGGGGUGGGGCCUUCCGGAACCUCGAGCUCGUGGGCGAGGACGCAGAGGCAGACGCGCAGGACUCUCACAGCCCGCGAGCCGGUCUCGACAGAGGCGUCGGGGCGCCCGGGACUGAACGGGGCAGGGACGAGUCGAGGCGGGACACGCGGCCUCUGCCGCCGGGGUCGAAAGCCCCGGCCCCGAAGGAGAAACAGAGUCUGAGAGCCUCGCUGGAGCACGCGAUUGCGGCCUUCGCCCUCGCUGCGACAGACUGGGCGUCGCGAACCAAGUUCCGUGGCUUCUCCCCGACGGACCUCGCGCUUCUCACGCACGCCCUGGUGCCGCACUGGCGAGCCCUCCCCUUCUCUUCGUUCGCGGCUUCCACUCUGCGCGUCUCUGCACGAGGCGCCGCGCCCCUCCCCGAUGCCUUCGAGGCGGAGCCCCGCGGCGACGAGGCCAGCGACGAGCGCAGCAAGGGCCAGCGCGACGCGGCGAAACGCGCGAAACGGAGACGCGGCGGCGACGCCGGCGAGCCUGACCACCGCGAAAGGCUCCCGCGCCGGCCACCGCCGCAAGAGGAUCCCACCGACCUCAUCGAGCGAUACUUCGCGACCCUCACCGAAGUGACCUGCUCCCAUUUGCCUUUCCUUCGUUCGCCCGCGUUGCGCCCGCCGUCGGCUUCUCGGCCGCCCUCCGCGUCGGCUCCGCCGCCCUCGCUGUCUCUUCUCGCGUGGAAGCCGCCGCUGCUCUGUCUCCUUCUUCACUGUCUGAUCCGCAUGACGCCCCAGCUCACGCCGUCGUCGCGGGGCCGCGCGCCGGGGGGUGCUCUUGCAGAUCUGCUUGCGGGCGGCUGGGAGCACCUCUGCAGCGCGCACAAGAGUCUGCUGUCUCCUUCGUCCGCCGGCGCCUCCGCGCGUCCGCAGUCCGCGUGCGCCGAGGCGCUGGGGACUUCGGCGCCGCUACUCGCCCUCUCCACGACCUCCUGGGGCUCUGUGCUGCUUCCGGCGGUCGCGGAGGCGCUGCACGGACUCGUGCUGUUCCCUCGUUCUGUCGUCCACGCGGCGGAGGCGAGCGCGGCGGCGCUGAAGGCUCUGGAGAGACUCGUUCGAAGGCGGCAGGGCCCCGGCGGGGCAGGAGACGACCCCGAGGCCGCCGCGACCCUCGACGCGAACCCGCGCACGAAGGAGACCCCGGCGGGCCCCCAGGCCAGCCCCGAGACGGCCCGACUCGCACCGCAUGCCAAGCCCUCCCCUGCGCGCCAGGACGCGGCGCGCGCCGCGGACGAGACAAGCGCUUCCUCUCACGGAUCGCCGUGCGUGCUGUGUGCGCUGAGGCGGGCAUCGGCGUCUUCGGCGUUGGGAGACGGCUCUCUCGCGGCGGCAAGGCCGGCGAAGCGGCCCCUGACGCUCGCGGCCUCGGCCGCGGUGACUCCGUCCCAGCCGCGCCCUGACCUCUCUCCCAUGGAGGAGAAGGCACACCUGGGCGCGCCGGCGAAGGCGCAGAUUGCGGAGCUUCUGCGGGCAGCGUUCUUCCCGUUUGCGCGGCCGAAGCUGUUCAUCAGUCGGCUCGACUUCCGCGAGCUGGGCUCAGUCCUCUGGGGCCUCGACAAGGCUUCGUUCUCGCCUUUGCUCUGGAGCCAUCUGCACGGGACUCUGUGGGAAGGAAGCGGCGAGCGCGCGGGGCUGCGCCGCGAGCUGGAGGCGGUCGACCGCCAGCAACUUCAGGCGCGGGAGCGCCACUUUGUGCCGCUCGGCGGGGCACUGGCGCUGGAGAACCUGCGCAAGCCCGGCGGAUUUUGCCACAAACUCGCGCUCUACUUCUCCGCCUGUCUCCGCUUCGAGGAGCGUCGCCUGCUUCUCUCCGCCUCGUUUCUGAGUCGCCCGCCGGCGAGCGGCUCGCCGGCGAGCCGCUCGACGUCGGCGGUUGGUAAGGAUGCAGAGUCGCGCCGUGAAGACGUAGAUGGAGGGGCAAUUGACCAGCUGAUAGACGACGGCCUCCGCAGCCUCACGGACUACCUAGUGAGCGAGCGAAAAAGGCCUACAGGCGGCGCCUUCAUUCGCUUCAUUCGGUGGAAGGGCAGAGACGCUCCGCCGCGGGCGGCAGGGGCACCGAGCGACGAGUCCCCUUUCGAGCAGGCAAGCGCUGCGGCACCGAUUCACAAAGACACUGCGGCGCAGGCCCCAGCAGACGGGGGCGAAAGCGACGACAGCCUCGCCGGCCCCCUGCUGGAGUGUGGGGACGUAAGAGAGGGAGCGAAGGCGGAUGAAGCCAGACGCGGAGAGGCCGAUACACAGAACGGGUCUACGCAGGCGCACAGCCCGCCGGCGGCUGCGCUGGCGGAGCGAGGCAAGGACGGACAGGGCGACACGGCUGCGCGUCUCCACACGAGGAAUGAAGAAGAGGAAAGAGAAGAGAGGAGACGCAGAAAGCGGUAUGAAGAAAUGGUCUUCUGCCGGCCUUUCAGAGGCCUCAUCGAUGCGCGAGAUCUACCCCAAAGUGACUCUUGGCUUGCGCCGCCAGGCGUCACUCUCAGUCUCCUCAUCAACUCUCACGUGACGCAUCUAAUCUGUGGCCUCGUUGACCUUGUGGCCGCCACCGUGGAGUGCCCCCUUCACCUCUUGGACUUCGAACCGCUACAGCUGCAGCACACGUUGCAGCCCGUGGCGCUUCUCGUGAGACCGCACACGAUGAAACACACGCCGUCAUCGUCUCCGUCGCUCCGCGACUCUUAUGCCUCGGGGCCCUCGCCUACGUCCGCCGAGGCGCCGCCUGUCUCUCCAGGCUCGUCCGCGGGGGGCACCGCCCCGUGGGCGAUCAUCCCGACUGCGGCCUUCCUGCGCGCCGCGACCUUGGCGCUGCUUCGCCAGGGCCGGUCUCUCGUGGCGACGCUCUCGGAUGCGCAGAAAGCCGACGAGGCGCGGGACGCGGGCGCAGAGGGCGAGGAAGGCCUCCAAGGCUCGCUAUCCAGGCGCGCCGCGAACCAGUUCGCCUCUCUGCUGUUCAGCGCCCGCGCCCUCGCAGCCAUGCUCGAUGCCCACUGCGCCUACUGGGCUCGCCGAAGCGAAGCCUGGAGGCGCAGGCGGCCUGAUCCCCUACGAGACGCACCUGACCCGGCCGCCCCCGACGCGCCGGAUGCGAGUCCGACGCUCUCCGCGCCGGCGGCGUCUUCGCCGCCCGCGCCGUUUGACGCGUUUACAGUCUUUCCCGGGGCCUUUGAGAAGGAGCUUCAGGCCUUCCUCGCGCUGCUGAGUUCGCUGCUGACCUGCCCGCCGCUGAGGGCCUCCGUCUCCUCCUCCCUCGGGCUCCUCACGGCCUGCGCGGACGUCUGGGGCCUGCUGGGGCGGUGGGUCGAGUUGCGGCCGCAAACCCGCGAGGCCCUGCAGGCGCUGGCGCCCGCCGCGGUGCGCUUUCUGCUCAGCCAGGACGGCGACUCCACCGAGCCCAGCAAGUCUGAACAGCGGCGACAGACGCACGCGCGCCGCCACGCGGGAGGCUUUGCGCCAGAGAGAGACUGGCGGCCUCAGGGGGCGCGCGCUCGGAGCGACGCGGCUGUCGCGCCCGGAAGCCUGGGGCCCGCGGAGGAGACAGCAACCGCAGCCAGAGAAGGCGACGCUGAAGCCACGCAGAGCGGCCGCGGCGCGCGGCCAGCGAACGACGGCGGCGAAAGAGAAAAAGCGCCAGAUGUCGGAGGGAGGCUCGCGCGGCACGUCCGCAGCGGAGACGACACGGGCGUUUUCUUCCGCGGCGCAGUGAACAUGAAGAAGAAAGUGGAAGCCAGAGACCGCGAAGAAGAGAGCCUGCAGCACCUGGCCGUUGCGCUCCAGCGACUCCGAGAAGUCACGGCGCUUUCGACAGAGAGCAACAAAGGAAGCUAA